AUGCAUGUAGUAACAUCAUUACAAGUUGCCAUUCUGGAUAAUCGAAUGUAUGCGACGAGCAAUUAUUCCUUGAUACUAUUUAAUCAGACUCGUCUUCAAUGUAUAUGCAGCGCUUUCGCUGACAACUCAUCGUCCAUUGUGUUGUUGAACUUCUAUGCGAAUGCUAGUCGAUGUGAACUCUUUGAUCAUUAUCCGACGGUAGCAUCGAUGCUGGUAGCUAUGAAUAACUCGACUAUCAUCAUGCGCCCAUAUAAUGCAUCAUCACAGACAGGUGCGACACAUGAACUGACUAGAAGAGCAAGGAUAAUAUGUGAAUCGCUCGCUCGUGUUUCAAGAGAGUUCACCAUAAACGCUAUUGAGAUUGAUAAUUGUUUUCAUUUUCUUCUAGGCAAUACUACAAUCUGGUUCAAUAAUAAUACAACAACUAGCGGAAUCAAUCACACAGUCACUAGUACAACAUCCACCACUUCAAUGACAAGCAGUACCACCACUAGCACAACAUCAACGACCAGCACGACUAGUCGUACUACCACAACUUCCUCAACAGCGACGACGACAAGUCAAACACCUACUCAACUGUGGAACGUAUCAAAUGACCAUGGUCUCGUCGGUGCAUACCAAAAUUAUUAUUUUUCAUGGACAGCAUUAACUACAAGAAAUGCCACUAUAGCCUUUCAAAUGCGAAACGCAGCAAGCAGUUGGUGUUUAGAUGAUGUGUCUGUUACUUCAGGUGGUGUUGAAAAGCUUAUAAACAGAGGAUUUGAGACGGGCACUCUGUCGCCAUGGGUUCGAACAACACCCAACGGAAAUUGUAAUGGCACAGCAGCCAGUACUUCGAAUACAAAUAGUAUUCUUGUGGGAUGCAUACCAAGAACAGGCUCAUAUUAUGUAGUUGAUGGAAGCUCGAGUUGCGCCGAUCAAUUGCAACAAUCUUUUGGCGUCACGAUCGGUACUGUUUAUAACAUAUCGUUCUGGAUUAAAGCAGUGUUCAGUUUCAGUAGUGGACAACAGUAUGUCAGUGUCUCUGUUAUCUGA